GCCACCAGGGGCUAGUCGUUGGAGCGCAAUGGCGGUGCACCGGGGACCUUCUUCGAAAUGGCUCUUUUCCCGGGAGCAACUAGAAACAACGCCGUCCCGCCGCAGUGGAGUCGAAUCUGAUAGGGAACUUUCUUACCGUCAGCAAGCCGCCAACCUAAUUCAGGAUAUGGGCCAGAGACUCAACGUCUCUCAACUCAUCAUCAACACUGCAAUCGUUUACAUGCAUAGAUUUUAUAUGAUCCACUCUUUCACUAAGUUUCAUAGGAAUAUCAUCUCCCAAACAACCUUGUUCUUGGCUGCGAAGGUGGAGGAACAACCCAGGAAGCUUGAACAUGUCAUCAAAGUGGCCCACGCCUGCGUCAACCCCCAGGAUGCACCACUCGACACCAAGAGUAAUGCAUACCAUCAGCAAGCUCAGGAGCUGGUGAUACUAGAAACGAUAGUACUGCAGACGCUAGGUUUUGAAAUAACAAUUGAACAUCCUCACACUGAUGUUGUGAGAUGUUCCCAGCUAGUGCGAGCAAGCAAGGAUUUGGCACAGACUUCCUAUUUCAUGGCUACCAACAGGUUGUUAUCCUGACCCCGCCCCCCACUAUGUUGCACUGUGAUGGCACACUAUAGCUUCCUGUACUGGCAGGUCCCCCUUCCUGUGUCCAACGCCCUCUUUGCGCCAGGCAGGUUUCUGGUAAACCCCUAGGGGCGGUACCGGACAGCCAGCCAGGCUGCAGCAGUGCGGUGUAUUGUACAAGGGCUCAGUGUUGGCACAUAGGGGUUGAAUGCACAAUGUGAACGUGUUGGUGGUGCUGUAGACUGUCCUCACUGACCGUUUGGUUGCUACAGAGUGCAUAUGUCUCCUCCUUCCUAAAACACAAUUGGUAGCCUGAAUAUAGCUUGCCACUAAAGAUCAGUGAAAAGAUGUAAACUAUAGCAUCUGUCCCGGUAAGUAUGAAUAACGUUUUGUUUUUUCUUGAUUUAUGUUUGACAAAUAGAAGCUAAUAUAUAUAUAUAUAAGGGUAACAAGCAAAUUCUUAGUAAUAAUUGACACACCUAAUACUCCAAUAGUAAAAUGAUCAUCCAUAAUUCUCUCUAAUAUUAUAUGAAUGACUUGUAUGCUAUAGGUAUCCUCUUCUUUACCUUAGUAGAAUAUAAACAUUACAGUUCAUUAUUUUCCUAAAUUUAAUUUUAGUAACUGUACUUGCCCUGACUUAGAUGAAUAAUUUUGCUAUCCUAUCAACAGCAGUAUACAAUGUCUGGACAGAGGGCAAAAAAUGUUAGUUUUUUUUACACAGUCAAAAGGAUACUUCCAUAAUUAAUGUAUUGCCCAGAUUUUUGCAAUGCGAGACUAUUGAACCAUUUUGCAAAAGGACAUUUUAAAAAGAAAGUUGUCAAAGGUAUGAGUGAGAUGUGGCAUAACUUGACAGGCUGGACUGGAACACAGCAGGUGGAUGGUGGACAUCAAUUAUCUCUAGGAAACGAGCUUGAUCCCAAUUAAAUGCUCAGUACUCUCAAAGAACAAGUUUACCGUCUAGGUUGUCCUCAAUGUAUCAGUUUUCUAAGGUAAGAUUCUGUAUGAAAUGGUAAGAGAAACAGCCACGAUCAUCCAUCAUAGAAAACCGCCGUGGUACGUGCCUCUGCCACUCACUCUCUCAACAGUCUGGAAUAUGAAGGCAGUAUUAUAAUAUGGACUGUAUGCAUGCAGAUCAGCUGUACUCUGAGCUUUAUUAGACCAGAGACAUGGCUCUAGUCUGGAGACACUUCCAUAGGG